AUGGCCCAUGGGCGGCGAAGCUGGGCCUGGAGGGUUCUUGCCUUUGUGGCACUGCCAGAGCUGGCCUCUGCCUUCAUCGAGGAGAUUUUUCAGCAGUUUGGCGGAGGUGGAGGGCAACAGUUCCACUUCCAGAUGGGCGAUGGUAACGUGUUCGAGAUGGGAGGAGGGGGUCGUCGAGAGAAGCCGAUCAAAUGGCCCAAGGGCACGUCCGACAAAAUCUCGAAGAAGUUCUCCUGGAUGAAAGGUACCGAGUGGAGUUGGAACAACUGGAGGAAUGUCAAGUUCCAGAAGGAUGGCACCUUCGACGCUCCGACCAAUGACUGCCAACGCGGUCAGUGCAAAUGGUCUGCCAACAAGGGCAAGAUCUUUGUGCUCUGGGGCCAAGCCGGGCUCCAUGAAUUGGAGAUUGUCGGCGAGGUGCCAACCGAGCAGAAUCAACAGAAAAUGCAAGGAAUGCAGAUGAGGGGGCGCCGCGCCUCCGAUGGGGAUAGGUGCUCUGCAGUUUUCCAAAGAGUUUUCGACCAUGAAGCUGCUGAGCUAGACAAGGACCUCUACGAGAUCCUGGGCCUUCAGGAAGAUGCCGACGAGGCAGACAUCAAAAAGGUGUACCGGAAGCUGUCCAUCAAGUACCAUCCCGAUAAGAAUCCCGAUGAGGAGUCGAAAAGGAAGUUCGGGGAGAUUCGGGAUGCCUACGAGAUCCUGAACGAUCCGGACAAGAAGAUCCUCUAUGACACCGGCGGGAUGGAGGCGGUCAAGAAGGCCGAAAAAGGCGAAAUCGAGAAAGGCGACGAUGCUAGAGCGAAUCUGGCAGUGAGUUUAGAAGACCUGUACAACGGUGGCAACAGAAAGGCGGAGAUCGAACGGCGCAUUGUCUGCCGAGGUUGCCGGGUCAAGCCGGACUCUCCGAAGUGCCAGGGCUGUCACAGGUGUCCAAACGAAGUGAGGUUAGUAAACCGGCAGGUUGGCCCUGGCAUGUUCAUGCAGCAGCAAGAAGAAGUCCAGAGCCAGGAGAAGUGCAAGCAGGAGCUCGCCGAGAUAGAUGCCCACAUAGAGAAGGGAAUGCGGGAUGGCGAAAGCCUCACCUUCCCUCGCAUGACUGACCAGAGGCCAGGCAUGAUCCCCGGCAGCAUGAUCUUGACCCUCAAGGUUGCGAAGCAUCCGGAGUUCGAGAGACGUGGGGACGACCUGCACAUGAACAUGAAGGUGCCGCUUCGAGAAGCUCUGCUUGGGUGGACGAAAACCGUCAGGCAUAUGGACGGCCACACAGUGGAGAUUGGAACGGACAGCGUAACCAAGCCCUUUCAAGUCAUUAAGGUGCGAGGUGAGGGUAUGCCGCUGAGAGACGACCCUGCAAGUUUCGGUGACCUGUACGUCAAGGUCGAAGUCACUUUCCCCCGCGCGCUCAGCGGAAGUCAGCAGGACCAAAUCGCGAGCAUCUUCUCCUGA